AUGACCCUGCUUCAGAUAGUGCCGGUUAGGGUUCACGGAGACAAUACUUACGUCGACACGUUCGCUAUUCUCGAUUCGGGGGCUCAGACCUCACUGUGUACCGACCGGCUGGCUGAGAAGCUGCAGCUGACUGGUGAAGUUCGGCCUCUAUCGCUGAACAACGUGGAAGGCAGCGGACCGCAGCGGAUGGCCAUGAAGACAUCGGUGAAGCUCACCGCACUGGCGGAGGAUUCGGAGACACGCUCAGUGACUGUAAAUGAAGUAUGGACGGUGCCAAGACUGAACGUUCCGGUACCCCAGCUGAGCUCCUCCGCGCGGUCGAAGUGGCUUCAUUUGAACGGGCUGGACAUAGCCGAUGUUGGCGCAGACCAAGUAGAAGUGCUUCUUGGAGUCAAUGUUAUCGAAGCGAUUCUCCAGAAAGAAGUACGUGUCGGGAAAGCAGGUCAGCCAGUCGCCAUCAAAACGCAUUUCGGUUGGGCUCUGACUGGCUCCAUCGCCAGCUUAACUCCGACUGAUCAGCACCAUGUGAUGCACAUCCACCGCAGCACCUCUCAGGAAGACGAGCUGAACGAGCUGCUGCAGAACUGGUGGAAAACGGACUCAUUCGGUACCUCACACGACUUGAAGACAGAGACCUCGCACGAAGACAGACGAGCCAUUCGAAUACUCGAAGACACGACCAGGCUUCAAGACGAUGGUCACUUUGAAUGUGGUCUCCUGUGGAAAAAGGACGAAGUGUCGCUGCCGGAGAAUCGCAUCGGCGCACUCCGUCGCCUGGAACGAACUGAAAAAUCACUUCGAAGUAACCCUGACAAGGCGAAGGGAUACAAACAAGCCAUCGACAGUUAUGUCUCUCUCGGGCAUGCUCGUAAGCUGGGACAAGACGAGGCAGCCAAAGCCAACCCUAAAAGGUGGUACCUUCCUCAUCAUGCCGUCUUCAAUCAGAACAAGCCCGGGAAGAUAAGAGUUGUGUUCGACGCGUCCGCAGAGUUCCAUGGAACUUCGCUGAAUGAAGAGCUGCUAACUGGCCCAGACCUUCUUCAAGAGCUUCCGGCUAUUCUGAUGCGUUUUCGCGAGAAGUCGGUGGCUAUAGUCGGGGACAUCGAUCAAAUGUUCCAUCAAGUGCGCAUCCAGCAGAGCGAUCGACCAGCCCUCAGCUUUCUCUGGAGGGACUUGGAGUGUGGCCGACCUCCAGACACAUACGAAAUGAAUGUCGCCAUUUUUGGCGCAAAGUGCUCUCCUGCGAUCGCCUCCUACGCGUUACGAAAGGUGAUUGAAAGUCAAGUAGAAGUCGGACUCAACAAGCACUCAGCAUCUGGCAUUGCAAAGCAGUUCUACAUGGACGACUACGUGGCCUCAGCAGAAAGUCCUAAGAGUGCUGCCGACCUACUGCACACCGUCACCAAGCUCGUCUCCACAGGCGGGUUCACCCUGCGAAAAUGGACAAGCAGCCCAAGAGAGGUGAUGGAAUCUGUUCAGCCGACCGAUAGGGCUCAUUCCGAAUUGGACGCAUUCACUCCGCUCUCUUCUGAGCGCGUGCUCGGUCUGAUCUGGGACACAGAACAGGACACGAUCGGUCUAAACGUUCCGAAGAAACGAAAUCUCCCAACGACGAAACGGGGAAUUCUGAAGGCAAUAGCAGCGGUAUACGACCCGCUCGGUCUGCUGUCGCCGUUUAUGCUGCAAGCAAAGCUGUUGAUGCAGGGUCUAUGGAGACAGCAGCUUACAUGGGACAGCCAGCUGGACGAACAGGACCUUCACAGGUGGCGAUGCUGGCAAGAGGAAGCCAACAUCCUCUCACAGCUACGGAUCUCUCGCUGUUACACCGCUCUGGAUGGACCAGUGAAGAGGUCAGAGCUGCACGUGUUCAGCGAUGCCUCGGAAGCAGCCUUCGGCGCAGCAGGCUACCUCCGGCAAAUCGACGCGACCGGCGCUAUCCAAUGCGCGCUGGUCAUGAGCCGGACUCGAGUCGCUCCUCUGAAGCAGCUGACCGUGGUCCGUCUGGAGUUGCAGGGAGCUGUCUUAGCUACAAGACGUUGGCGUCACUCGCAACAGAUUGCAGACCAUUUCUGGCGCAGAUGGACCAGAGAAUAUCUGCCCACACUGAUCGGUAGACAGAAGUGGACGAAGGAUACCAGAAACAUUCAGAUCGAUGACGUGGUGCUAGUUGCUGAGAGUAAUGUACCUCGUGGCCGCUGGCCCCUGGCUCGGGUAGCCAAAGUGUUCCCGGGAUCAGAUGGACGAGUGAGGUCAGUCGAACUAAACACGCCGAGUGGUACAUAUGUCCGACCUGUCGUCCGGCUGUGUGUUCUCGAGGAGUCGGAGUGA